GACACAUUCAAACGAGGAGCGGGGAGUUCGGAAGCGCCACCCCUGGCAGUAGCUCGGUUGCCUUCAGCUAUGGACCCUAUCCGGGCCUUCUGUGGGAAGCUGCGGUGUCUGGCCGGCACGUUGGACUGCGAGACGGCCCGGCUGCAGCGAGCGCUGAACGGAGAGGACAGCGACUUUGAAGAUUUUCCAGUGAGGAUUUUACAUGAUCUUCAUUCAGAAGUCUGUGCUCUGAAGGAUGAUGUUAAUAUCCUUCAUGAUAAAGCAAGAUUGGAAAGUCAAGAAAGCAUUGGUUUUAUUAAGGCAACAAAAGAAUCGAUGAAACAAAAUAAAACAUUUAUCAUGAAAAUAAGAGAGUUUUUCCAGAUGUAUGGAUACAAUCCACGUGUCAAGGAAGAUUCAGUUUCUGAACAGGAAAUCUCUGCCAGUACCAUAGACACGGCCAGCUGUGACAACAUUCCAGAGGCUGGCGCGAAGGAUGACCCGUCUGACCCACCUGAUCCGCCCGUCCUGGCUGGUUCUAUUUCUGAGGAGCCUCUACGGAGCCCGCAGCUUGCAGAUUUUGGACUAGAGCGGUAUAUGAUACCGCAAGCUGUAAGUGACCACCCAGAAGCGCCCAUAGCUGACACUCCUCCACCUGCCAGGCAGUCAGAAGUGAAGAUACCAAAAACUCCAAAAUGUACUCUCAAGAUGGAUGACUUUGUGUGUGUAACUCCUAAGUUAGAGCACUUUGGCAUCUCGGAGUAUACCAUGUGUCUAAACGAAGACUACACAAUGGGACUUAAAGACAUGAAGACUGUCACAAGUGAGGUAGCUGUAGAAACAGAAGCUAUGACCAGUGAGCAUUGCUUUGCCACGUCUGGCCCCGUAAUCCAGCAGCUGGAAAAAAAUACCAGCUAUACAGAUUCCCCUUUGGCACCUAUGUUCUGCACUCCUGGUUUGAAAAUUCCUUCCACAAAGAAUAACACAGCUUUGAUAUACACAGAUUGUGCAUCAUUAGAAGCACACGCUUCUUCAGAUGAUCUUGGAGUUAAAGAUCACACUUCCCUAGUUUUGCCUCCGGACCAGUGCUUGCAGAGUUUUGCAGACCCUUCCUCUCCUACCAUUUCGUCCUAUGAGAACCUGCUCAGAACGCCGACACCUCCCGAAGUCACUGCUAUCCCAGAGGACAUUCUCCAGAUUUUGUCAAAAUACAACUCCAACCUAGCUACUCCAGUAGCAGUGAAAGCAGUUCCUCCAAGGAAAAGGCUCCCCAAACCCAAAGGAUGGAACAUCCGAGAGAUUGGCAACAAGGAAAACUGGUGAAAGGGAGUGCGCUGCCAUCUACAGAAAGGACGUGUGUUAUGAUCAGACAUUAAAGUGAACACUAGUAAAACAAACUUGUAAUUGACAUGCACCAGCUUACUUAACAGCCUGUUUUUAUCCUUUUUUUUAAUGAAAAUAAAUAAAAAUUAAAAAAUAAAA